GUGAGGUGAUCCUGGGUCCUCAUGAGCCUUCCGCUACUACCUCUGGAAACACUGAUCCCUGCCAGCAUGUGUAGGAGAGGGCAGCGCCGCAGACAGACAGGCCGAGCAGGUGGACCGCGGCUAGGGAGAUGACCCUCCGGUGGGUGUCCCACCAGUUCUGGAGGCACCGAAUGACCGGUCUCCUGGUGACUCUGGCUGUGACCCUACUGCUUAUGCUGCUGGCCACUCACUCUCUUCAUCCUCUCAGCCAAAAACCAGUUGUAGAGAAGAGGGCCGAGCAUGAAAAUGCAGAGCACAAACAAAAACAGGCCUCCCACAAGGAGAACAGCGGGAGGAAGUCAGGUGAGGUGGCCACUGUCACACAGCCUACAGAGGACAUCACCGGCUCCACCACCGAGAGGAGGAGGAGGAACCCACCGCCAAUCGUCUUCCUCAAAACACACAAGACGGGGAGCAGCACGGUCCAGAACCUUCUGUUCCGGCUUGGCGAGCGAGAGAAAGCCACAUUUGCCUUCCCAUACUACACUUACCAGUUCAGUUACCCCGAGAGGUUCCGAGCGGAGUUUGUCGACGAGCUGCCGGACGGCUCCUCCCAGUUUGACAUCCUGUGCAGCCACAUGCGUCUGGACCUGGCCCAGGUGAAGAAGGUGAUGCCCCAGAACUCUGUGUACGUCACCUUACUGCGCGACCCCCUGAACACCUUCGAGUCCGUCUUCAACUACUACACCUCCGCCGUGCCUGCCUUCGCCGAGGCCCAGAAGGCGGCCGAUGCUGCCGCGGCAGUCGCAGCUGCCGCCGGCUUCCUGAAGCGAAAGUCGGCGCUCACCAUCUUCCUGGAGAAGCCGGAGGCCUACUGGGACCCCAAGGAGGUGGGGAACGGCCUGGCCAAGAACCCCAUGUGCUUCGACAUGGGGCUGAACAGCCUGCAGUGGAACAGCUCGUGGCCGGAGGACCUGGCGCGCCUGGAGGAGACCUUCCACCUGGUGAUGAUCGCCGAGCACUUCGACGAGUCGCUGGUGCUGCUGGGGGCGCUGCUGGGCGUGGGCCUGGACGAGCUGGCGUACGUGCGGCUCAACGUGCGCUCCGUGCUGAGCGUGGCCACGCUGGACCAGGCGUCCAAGGAGCGCGCGAGCGCCUGGAACGCCCUGGACGCGCUGCUCUACGACUUCUUCCUGCAGCUCUUCUGGGAGAAGGCCGAGAUGUACGGGCGCAAGAGGCUGACGCGCGAGGUGGCGCAGCUGCGCAAGGCCACCGAGGACGUGCGCAGGACGUGCGUGGCCCGCGAGGGGGUGCCCCCCGGGCAGCUGGAGGACCUGGUGCGGCCCUGGCAGACCAACUCGGCCACCGUCAUGGGCUACGAGCUCAAGGCCAACCUCAGCCAGCUGGAGCAGGGCUUCUGUGUGCGGCUAGUGCUGCCUGAGCUGCAGUACCACUCCCACCUGUACUUCCAGCAGUACGGCCGCGACAUGAGGUCUGUGCCCACUGACUGAACUGGACAAGCUG